AUGUGCAUUUCCUAUAUCUAUCUAUCUAUCUAUCUAUCUAUCUAUCUAUCUAUCUAUCUAUCUAUCUAUCAUAACUACCUCUUUAAUCUUUUGUCCCAAACAAUGACGGGUAUAUCUACUAGUAGCAUUAUAAAUCCACAAUAUCCACCUUGUUUAAGCAUUCCACGAAGUCAUUCGACCGAAUACAGUCGGCCAUGUGUUGUCAGCCUGGGUGAUCAAUCCCCAGACGAGGUGGAGAGUGCAUUCGGGGGCACAACAGAUAAAAACCCGGACCGUAACCGCAAAAGCCGAACCAUUACCGUGGUGGACCUGCAUGCUUACCCCACGUAUCAUCGCCACGGCAGUCGGUGCAGCGUCACAUCCACCAGCAGUAGCAGUAGCAGUGACAGUACGAGCAGCAGCAUUUCCCAAAGCAGCAGCAGUAGUAAUAACGGUCGCGGUUAUCGCUGUGCCACCAUGAACUCUUUGAAAAAAUCUAUGAGCAGUUACGAGAAAGAGACCAAUUAUGACUUGCUUGAAAAACAAAUGUCCUCUCCGGGACCAAAUGGUUGUUGUCACAAAGGAGGCGUUAAAAUAAGAAAGGAUAAAUGGACAUCCCGGUUUAAGGAGUUCAAAUAUCCGUCACUAAAGAUGGACAACCCAAAAGACAAACAUAAAUUAUGGGGAUGUUUAGUUGUACUAGGUAGCUUUAUUACGCACUUAAUUAUAGGUGGACUAGAACGAUCAAAUGGAGUUAUUUACCUAAAAUUAGUCGAAGAAUUCGAGAGGAGUGCAGUAGACACAGCUUGGGUUGUCUCCCUUAGUUCUACAGCGAGGUUGUUAUUGGUGACUGAAUUGCUGUCUACAUACAUACGUAUCUAUCUAUCUAUCUAUCUAUCUAUCUAUCUAUCUAAAUCUGUUCAUAUCUAUCUAGUUAUUUUCCACGCAAAGCUUAGAUUCUGUUCAUAUCUAUUCUCUAUCUAUCUAUCUAUCUAUCUAUCUAUCUAUCUAUCUAUCUAUCUUCAUCUCUAUCUAUCUAUCUAUCUAUCAUCUAUCUAUCUAUCUAUCUAUCUAAGUCUGUUGAUUAUCUAUCUAUCUAUCUAUCUAUCUAUCUAUCUAUCUAUCUAUCUAUCUAUCUAUCUAUCUAAGUCUGUUGAUUAUCUAUCUAUCUAUCUAUCUAUCUAUCUAUCUAUCUAUCUAAUCUGUUUAUAUCUAUCUAUCUAUCUAUCUAUCUAUCUAUCUAAAUUUGUUCAUAUCUAUCUAUCUAUCUAUCUAUCUAUCUAUCUAUCUAUCUAUCUAAGUUUGUUCAUAUCUAUCUAUCUAUCUAUCUAUCUAUCUAUCUAUCUAUCUAUCUAUCUCUAA